AUGGCGAUGCAUGAGGAUGAAGCGCAGGAAGGUUUUAAGGAGAGCCGUUUCCGUGAUGCUGCGCAGGAACAGAUCCAGGUAGGCUGUACUGGCUAUCAUCUCAUCUACAGAUGACUGGAAAGAGGGAGGGAGGGUAAAUAUUAAAAAAAUAAUUUGGAUGUUGGCAGCCAAAACGACACGUUUUAAAAGAGAAGAGUAAUAACAUCACAUUUUGAAUACUGAGCGUCGUCGCCGGCUGGAGCAGCCUAGUAGCUCCUACUUUUAAUUAUCUAAUCAAUUCUAUCAAUCAAUCAACCAGCGAGAGUGACGCUCAGGCUAGCCAAUCAGAGAGUCCCCCCCCCCCCCCCCUACCUUGUGUAGGGCGGGUCCCAUGACGGGGACCAGGAAGCCGUUGUGUACGUAGUCGACCAGCUGGCUGCGCACCAGUGGGUGUGACACCUGAAUGACAGCAUUACAGAACUCCAGAGAGUUCAUGAAGAGCACCAGAGAGGAAACGCCCAUCCAGUCCUCCCUCCGCAGAGCGUGCCAGUCAUCGCCCCGUACCUCGAUCUUCCUCGGCAGGGAGGAGUAGAGAGCACUCAGGCCUGUGGCCAGCACCUGGGGGUGGGAAGAGGUCAGUGGAUGUUUAGGACUGAAUUAAAAAAAGGAGGUGAAAGAUUCAUUUUGACAAGGCUGUAUGUGUGUCAAAAUAAGGGAAAGCAGGCAUGUCGGCAGCACAAACAAACAUUCAGGGGGAAAUACUAACAGUCCAUGUAUUAAAUGAUCUAUGUUCUGAUCAAAUAAGGGACGGAGGAAGAUGACAUUUCUGGGAGAUAUACACAUGCUCUGGAUAAACAGGUCUCAGGACAGUCUCUAAAGGCAAAUGUGUUCACCGUUUCAUCUGGAAAAACUGUCUCUGGUCAUGCCGGACUGGUUUAACUACGUACACAGCCCCUUGGAGAGCAGCUAGCCAACAGACAGUCUUGUGGACUUUGGCCCCCCAAGUUUUGUGAGCAAAAAUAUCAUAAAUAUUAUAUUUGGCCCCCCAAGGUUUUCAAGAGAAAAAAAAAUGAUAUAUAUAUAUAUACACAUAAUUAUAAAUAAUUUGUAUGCUGCAAAUUGACCCGCAAGAAGCCCAAGCAGAUAUAUUUGAGUAAAACCUAAUCAAUUCAAACUUGACUAUAAAAAGACUAUAAAAACACCAGGAAAUCAGCUCCAAGUGAUUUUAAUUUUGGAAAUCUGUUCCCAUGUAUUCCCACGCAUAGUAGAGAGAUGUGAUCGUAUAUAAAUGUAAGGUUUGAAUUGAUUAGGUUUUACUCAAUUAUAUCUGCUUGGGCUUCUUGCGGGUCAAUUUGUAGCAUACAAAUUAUUUAUAAUGAUGUUCUGGGCGACCAUCCACUCAAUAUAUUUUUUUUUUUUUACAAAUUCAAUGCAAUUUUUCUGUAAACAAAUUAACAAGACUUUCAGCAUGCUUAUAGAGAAGGGCACUCAACAUGUACUGCACUGACACAAAUGACUGAUGAUUGGUUGAAAGAAAUUGAUAAUAAGAAGAUUGUGGGAGCUGUACUGUUAGAUUUCAGUGCAGCCGUUGAUGUUAUUGACCAUAACCUGUUGGAAAAAAGUAUGCGUUAUGGCUUUUCAACCUCUGCCAUAUUGUGGAUUCAGAGCUAUCUAAUAGAACUCAAAGGGUUUUCUUUAAUGGAAGCUUCUCUAAUGUCAAACAUGUAAAGUGUGGUGUACCGAAGGGCAGCUCUCAAGGCCCUCUACUCUUUUCUAUUUUUACCAAUGACCUGCCACUGGCAUUAAACAAAGCAUGUGUCCAUGUAUGCUGAUGAUUAAACCAUAUACGCAUCAGCAACCACAGCUAAUGAAGUCACUGAAACCCUUAACAGUUGCAGUCUGUUUUGGAAUGGGUGGCCAGUAAUAAACUGGUCCUGAACGUCUCUAAAACUAAGAGCAUUGUAUUUGGUACAAAUCAUUCCCCAAGCUCUAGACCUCAGCUGAAUCUGGUAAUGAAUGGUGUGGCUGUUGAACAAGUUGAGGAGACUAAAUUACUUGGCGUAGAGGUCAGUCCGUAAUAAAGAGAUGCUCUGCAUUUGACACCACACUCCAAAAAGCAAGUUCUGCAGGCUCUAGUUUUGUCUAAUCUUGAUUAUUGUCAAGUCGUGUGGUCCAGUGCUGCAAGGAAAGACCUAGUUAAAAGCUGCAGCUGGCCCAGAACAGAGCAGCACAUCUUGCUCUUCAUUGUAAUCAGAGGGCUGAUAUAAAUACUAUUCAUACCAGUCUCUCUUGGCUAAGAGUUGAGGAGAGACUGACUGCAUCACUUCUUUUUAUAAGAAACAUUUAUGUGUUGAAAAUCCCAAAUUGUUUGCAUAGUCAACUUACACACACACACACACACACACACACACACACACACACACACACACACACUUCCCCCACCAGAUGUGCCACCAGGGGUCUUUUCACAGCCCUGACACACACACACUUCCCCCACCAGAUGUGCCACCAGGGGUCUUUUCACAGCCCUGACACACACACACACUUCCCCCACCAGACGUGCCACCAGGGGUCUUUUCACAGUUCCCAAAUACAGAAUAAAUUCAAGAAAGCGUACAGUAUUAUAUAGAGCCAUUAUUGCAUGGAACUCCAUUCCAUCUCAUAUUGCUCAAAUAAACAGCAAACCUGGUUUCAAAAAAACAGAUAAAGCAACACCUCACAGCACAAGGCCUCUCCUCUAUCUGACCUAGAUAGUUUGUGUGUAUGUAUUGAUAUGUUGGCCACGUCUGCCUUUUUAGUUCUGUCCUUGAGCUGUUCUUAUCUAUCAAUGUUCUGUAUUAUGUCAUGUUUCAUGUUUUGUGUGGACCCCAGGAAGAGUAGCUGCUGUUUUUUUGCAACAGCUAAAUGGGGAUCCUAAAAAAAUACCCCCAACAAAUACAGAGACUUGGCUGCACAGUGCUGCACACUCUGAUCUGCACAGUGCUGCACACUCUGAUCUGCACAGUGCUGCACACUCUGAUCUGCACAGUGCUGCACACUCUGAUCUGCACAGUGCUGCACACUCUGAUCUGCACAGUGCUGCACACUCUGAUCUGCACAGUGCUGCACACUCUGAUCUGCACAGUGCUGCACACUCUGAUCUGCACAGUGCUGCACACUCUGAUCUGCACAGUGCUGCACACUCUGAUCUGCACAGUGCUGCACACUCUGAUCUGCACAGUGCUGCACACUCUGAUCUGCACAGUGCUGCACACUCUGAUCUGCACAGUGCUGCACACUCUGAUCUGCACAGUGCUGCACACUCUGAUCUGUAGUGGGAGCUAA